UGUGACCAUAGAUGAUGUGUUGAAUUUGUGUGACCAUUCUACAGCUGCCAUGUGCUGACCCAAAUCCGCCACCAUUUUCAGCUGCCGCCGCCCUCGCGUCGCGCCUCCCUAGACUCUUUCCACCCUCCUACACUCAUGGAGAUUCUUCUCUUAAACCCAUGAAAUAAAACCCCAAUUAAAUUCUCUCGCAUUCUCCAGAUCAUCAUCAUCAAUCAUGCCGUGGUUCAGAAAUUUCAUCCAGCUAGUGAGGCAAUCGCCGCCGCAGCGGAGACCGGCGGCGCUGCUCGCCCACCCCCCGCCGUCGCUGACCCAAUUGCUGCGGCAUUUCAGCGGCGCCGAAAUCCAGAGCAACCAUCCCGGCUCGCGGCCGACCAAGGGCGACGAGAAGCCGAGAGUGGUGGUUUUGGGGACGGGAUGGGCCGGAUGCAGGCUGAUGAAGGACAUAGAUACCAACAUUUACGAUAUCGUGUGCAUCUCCCCCAGAAAUCACAUGGUGUUCACGCCUCUCCUCGCGUCCACGUGCGUCGGCACGCUCGAAUUCCGCUCCGUCGCGGAGCCGAUCGGCCGGAUCCAGCCCGCCAUUUCCCGGGAGCCCGGCUCUUAUUUCUUCCUCGCUAAUUGUAAGGGGGUGGAUUUUCAGAAUCACCAGGUUCACUGCCAGACUGUAACUGAAGGUGUUAAUACCUUGGAGCCGUGGAACUUUAAAGUGGCAUAUGAUAAACUAGUAAUUGCUUCUGGAGCAGAGGCAUCCACAUUUGGUAUCAAGGGUGCAAAGGAACACGCGACCUUUCUUCGUGAAGUCUAUCACGCUCAGGAGAUCCGCAGGAAACUGCUGCUAAAUCUGAUGCUAUCAGAUGUGCCAGGAGUCACUGAGGAAGAGAAACGGAGGCUCCUGCAUUGUGUUGUAGUUGGAGGUGGUCCAACGGGAGUUGAAUUUAGCGGUGAACUUAGCGACUUCAUCCAGAGGGAUGUUCAUCAAAGAUAUUCUCACGUGAAGGAUUAUAUUCAUGUUACGUUGGUUGAGGCAAAUGAGAUAUUAUCAUCCUUCGAUGACCGCCUCAGGAAGUAUGCAAUUAAGCAGUUGACUAAGUCAGGAGUCCGUUUUGUCCGUGGAAUAGUGAAGGACGUCCAACCGGAGAAAAUAAUUCUCAGUGAUGGUACCGAUAUCCCAUAUGGCAUUUUGGUGUGGUCGACGGGGGUUGGUCCUUCGUCAUUUGUGAAUGGCCUCGAAGUUCCUAAAGCCGGUGGAAGGAUUGGGAUCGAUGAAUGGCUACGAGUCCCUAGCGUGGAGGAUGUGUUUGCCAUAGGGGACUGCAGCGGGUUUCUUGAGAGCACGGGCAAGGAUGUUCUUCCAGCGCUGGCCCAGGUGGCGGAGCGACAGGGAAAAUAUCUGGCGAAAGUGUUGAACCAUGUGGGGAAGAGUGGCGGGGGACGCGCUGAUGGCGCAACGGGGUUGGAUUUGGGGGCCCCUUUCGUGUACAAGCAUCUAGGGAGCAUGGCGACGAUAGGGAGGUACAAGGCGCUGGUGGAUCUGAGGCAGAGCAAGGAGGGGAAAGGCGUGUCGAUUGCCGGAUUCAGCAGCUGGUUCAUUUGGCGGUCGGCGUAUCUCACUCGGGUUGUAAGCUGGAGGAACAGAUUCUAUGUGGCUAUCAACUGGCUCACCACAUUGGUCUUUGGUCGUGAUAUUAGUCGGAUCUGAAUUCCCUUCUCAAUAAAUAUGGAUUCUCCUCUAUAACUUCUUCUAUUCUAUAUAUAUCAAACACAUUCCUCUC